AUUGCAAUCAAUAUGUUCAAUUUUUAUUGAAUCUUGAAUAAAUGUACGUUGUGGUUGUGUUUCAAAAUUCUAUUCCUCUUUUGAUUAUGUAAAGUUUCGGGUUUCGAUUAAUCAAGUCCAACGUAUUUGUAGAUUCGUUUGUCAUUCAUUUCAACAAUAGUAAUAUCACAAUGAAAUUUCUGACGAUGAUUGGAUCUAUUAUUGGUGCUCUCAAAUAUGUAUUUUUCAAAAUGGAAACCGCUCAAACGGAAUGGGAACAUUGGCACAAAACGUUUAUGAAUCUAAUUUCAACAAAACAAGCGACGGAUGCAGAAAAACUCAAAAUACUAGUCAAUUUUAUAUCUCCAGCAGUAUUCGAACGAAUAAGUCACUGUGGAUCUUGGAAGCCAGAUGAGACACCAAGAGGUGUCGGUGGAUGUGUGGAGGAUGGGGGUGACAGCCGUGCAGUACACGGCUCUAGCCUUCAGCGGGUGGCUCUUCCUCAGACUUCUAAAUGCCUGCAUAUGGCUGCCGGGCCAUCUGCAGAACAUCCAAAACAAAAAGAAAGAGCAAUAAUCUAUGACAGCACUGUAUCUUUGGAUGUUAAAAGUCUUCUAAGCCAGCGAGGGAGAUGUCCAGCCGCGCACCCUCAUAUAAAAGUGGAGAAGAUAGACGGCGGUAUAAUGGUAGCAGGUGUAAUGGUCGUCAACAGCUGUCAGUUUGUUCUGCCUGCGUUUGGGUGUCUCUUCUUGAUUAUCGGCACUCUUCUCACUGUUACAUCGUACCGUGGGCCGGAGGUUGGCGAGAAGGCGCAACACUAUGCCACCAGAAUGGAGUUUUCGAAGAACUCGCGUAUCCUGGGUCCGAUCUGCCUGGGCGUGGCUCUGCUUAUGAUCGUAUCCGGAACUGUGCUCUGUGUGUUGAGCAAGCGAGCCCGCCUCAAGCAGGACAGAGUCGGCUACCAUUGUCCACUACAUGGCGACUUUUUCCCUCCUGAACCAGCUGAGGAUGGAUUUUUCAGAAGAAGCAAAACAAUCAGAUGGUGGUGCGGAGAACCGAAUGACAACAAUGACGAUGAUUUCGAGUACAAACUGCCGCCUCAGUGUCCACAAAGCAUGCUCUCCAGUCAGAGAGGCUCAAUCAGCAGUAAUGUGGCAUGCCCUGCGCCAUUGCCCUUUAUUGGCACCUAUGACUCUGCAAGGGGAAUGUCGAGUGUUCCAACACAUAUACCUUCAGAUUUGAUUUUUGGAUCGAUCAGAUCUUUGUCAGUGAGUCAUGAUAUUGCCAGUUUCCCUGCAUCAAGAUCACCGUCACCUAUAUCAUCAACCAGAAUUGUUUCUCCAUCACCUGUGAACCUCAUGGAAGAUGUGGAACGGGGCGAUGUGUACUCUGUCCUGCACAGUCCUAUGAUUGAAAGCAUCACUCCCGAAAUCAAGAUGGUGGCGCCGGCACCUCAAGCUUCAACCAGUCAUGCUUCGACCAGUCAUGAUUCAACCAGUCAUGAUUCAACCAGUCAUGCUUCGACCAGUCAUGCUUCGACCAGUAAUGCUUCGACCAGUCAUGAUUCAACACCUGGACCUAGUGGCAUGAGAAGAAAAUCGGUUACCAUCGUACUUCCAACCGAUAUUCAUCAUUGAAAAGCAGCAGUGGUUCGUUUUCCUCUCCAUUUCUCAUGUUUCAUGUGUGGAUCUAUUUAUUUUAUUAAUCCACUAUUAAAAGAAGAGUACUUGUCUUCUUAAUCAAUCAUGGCUGUUAACGGUGAUCAAAAUCAAUAGAUAGUAUCAAGUUUGUGAAACGAGUAAUAAAUGUAUUUUUGGUUGCACAAAGUAAAAUCAAUGUAAAUACUGUA